CGCAUGUGUCUGGGUGUCUACAGCAAGCGGAGUGUUUGAGCACGUCUGAGGAGUGGGAGCCAGCGGCCCACACCAUCCUCCUGCUUUGACCAGGAAGAUUGCUCCUUCACCUUGCCUCAGUUUCCUUAGGAUGCAGAGAGAGAAGAGGCAGAAAGUGAGAGCCAGACGGCUUGAGUGCGGGUCUGGGGCAGGUCAGCUCCCUUUGGGGCCAUUUCUUACCAAGCAGGAGUGGGGGUGACACGGCGGGCGUGAGAGCUUCCCCAUUUCCCUGAGAUGAACAAUGAGGACCCAGAAGCAGGGAAACAGCUCAGGGCAGGUGGGGGUGGGGAGAGAGAGAGCUUUGAUGGGAGGAGCACCCCCAGUCCCAUUUUCCCUGGGAAAGGUGGUCACUUUGUGAGGGAGGGCGCUGUCCCGGACUACAGUCUGGGGAGACAGAAAGUUGCAACGGACCAGAGGGACUCAGGGAGGUGUUUGGAGUCUCUGGACCCCAGGAGCAAAUAUUUGGAAGAGAAACCCAAAUCUGGGAAUGAAAGAGCUGGAAAUAUUCAGAAAAAGAUGACAGGGACCAGCAGAGCUGGAGAAAGAGGCAGAGGAGGGGCAGGCUGACAGAACCCAUAGGUGUCUUUCUCUCAGUACCUACUCUGGUGUGCUUCCCCCAGACUCAGAGUCCUCUGACUCCAGGCGUUCUUGCUAGUCCUACCCACCAGCCCUGAGCACCCAGUACGAUGGGACUGCCCCAUGGGCCCCAAGCAGCUGCCCCUUAGACCAGAGCUUCUAGUCUAGGGACAAUGAUGAAGGGAAGGACAGAGGACAGAGGUGCCGGCAUGCGACAGUGCUCACAGGCCUUCAAAAAUAACCCAGCGGGGCUGGGCCACAACUCUGAGUCAUCCAUUGGGGACACAGCUCUGUCGGCACCUGCUGCUGUUUUCUCAGGAAAACUUAAGAAGCCAAAAAGGGGGAGAAGCACCAGCCGGCAGUAGCUCUAAAAAUAGGCUGCAUCUCAGGAUGUUCCCCAGGGAGAUGCGGAGCCUCUCGGCUGCAGAUGGAGCCUCUGGGAGGCAGGUGGUGGGUGCUCGUGGGUGUGAUGCAGGUGUGUGUGUGUAUGCGUGUGUGUGCAUGCAUGGGCAUGUGUUUUGCUGAGGUCCCUUACGUGUGCAAACUUGGGUUUCCAGUAGGGGAUAUUCACAUGUGAGGGUACAUAUGCAUGUGCUAGGUUUAGCCUGCAGGGCUAUGUGUGUGUUUGUACACAUGCGUGUUCUGGGCCCAUUGAGCCCAGGUCAUUGUGCACAUGUGUGUGCAUAUGUGCAGAUCUACAUGGACCUGUAGGCACGUGCAUGGUGAGGGAAACUGGGUGUAUUACAGGCACGUGCUGUGUUUAUACUAGUGUGUGAGUGCGUGCACAUGCUUGAGUGGCCCUGGGUUCCCUCAUUUGUGAAAUGGGAUCACUCUAGCUUCUGUUUCACAAGUUGGUUGUGAGGAGCAAAUAUGUGUCCCAGAGCUAAAGCUUGACUGAUGUGAGUUUUUGAUAUUAUUACCAUAAACACUAAUAUUAAAUUGCUCAAAGUGCUGGAAGAGGCAAGAUUCCUGAUAGAGUCAUGUCAGAGACUUCAUAUACGUAGUGGCCUCUCUGACAUAGUGCUGGGGGUCGGGGGUUGGGAGGAAUCUCACUACUCAGAACCACUCCUGAGCCUGUAAGCUGUGUUAUGUUCCUUUCCACGCAUGACCUCUCUGGGCCUCCUGUCAGCAUUGGGAGGCCCCUCGCAUUGGCACAAGCUGUAUCCUAUUGCCCAGGGAGACCGCCAAUCACCUAUCAAUAUCGUAUCCAGCCAGGCCGUGUACUCACCCAGCCUGCGGCCACUGGAGAUUUCCUAUGAGGCCUGCAUGUCACUCAGCAUCACCAACAAUGGCCACUCUGUCCAGGUAGACUUCAAUGACAGCGAUGACCGAACCGUGGUGACUGGGGGCCCUCUGGAAGGGCCUUACCGCCUCAAGCAGUUCCACUUCCACUGGGGCAAGAAGCAUGACACGGGUUCAGAGCACACAGUGGACGGCAAGUCCUUCCCCAGUGAGUUGCAUCUAGUUCAUUGGAAUGCCAAGAAAUACAGCACCUUUGGGGAGGCAGCCUCAGCCCCUGAUGGCCUGGCUGUAGUUGGCAUCUUUCUGGAGACAGGGGAUGAGCACCCCAGCAUGAACCGUCUGACAGAUGCACUCUACAUGGUUCGGUUUAAGGGCACCAAGGCCCAGUUCAGCUGCUUCAACCCCAAGUGCCUCCUGCCUGCCAGCUGGCACUACUGGACCUACCCAGGCUCCCUAACGACUCCGCCACUCAGUGAGAGUGUCACCUGGAUUGUGCUCCGGGAGCCCAUCCGUGUCUCUGAGAGGCAGAUGGAGAAGUUCCGGAGCCUGCUUUUCACCUCAGAGGAUGAUGAGAGGAUCCACAUGGUAAACAACUUCCGGCCACCACAGCCACUGAAAGGCCGCGUGGUCAAGGCCUCCUUCCAGGCCUGAGCUGCCCAGCUGGCCACUAGGGCAACAUCUUCCCAAGGGCUUCCAUGUCAGCAGACACCAAACCAUUUGAGGCUUCCUGCCUUGGGGGUGCUAUGGACCCCUCUUCAGCCAGCUUGCUCCUUGGUGACCCUGGAGGCGUUUUGAUGGGACCCUAGAGUUUGGGGCCGUCAGCUGCUCUGGGGACAGGAAGGACAGGAGUUGAGCAGGGGUCCAAGCCUGGGGCUGCCUCUGCUCUCCAAGACCCAAAGGCCCCUGGGAACCUUCUCUUGUCUUCCCUACUGGUAGUGGCAGCUACCCCAUCCUGAGCUCACACUGUGAUGGAUGCGACCGAGCUCCCUGGAGCAGGCAGCUGGCACUGCCAGAAAGACUCAAGCAAUAAUUAGAGGUGGGCAGGGCUGCCCUCUCGGCAUUACCUCUUCUGCAGGCCUCUGCCAUGCACGCACCUCACUGCCGGGCCAUUAAAAUCAGCACCCAGCCCGCUGGAGGUGACUUGGCCUUCUCCCUCCAGCCACCUGCUACCAUAGGCAGGCUCUGGCUACAGCUUAUGUAGUAUCUCUCCUUGUCCCCACCCAGCCACCAAAGCCACCUACAUAACAAUCCAUCCAUGUUUAAUUAAUAAAUUCAUGUAUCCAUGCAACAAA